GCCGAACUGACAAGCGGAGCUGCAGGAGCUCGGCGAUCGUCCGGUGGCGUGCAGCUCUGGGCCGCCCUGCUCCGCGACGCUGCGCUUGCUCUGAAGCAGCUGAAGCCGACCGGACUCCGGCACCCUUCAGAUGCGUCCGCACCUCUCUGCCGCUGCUCCUCUGGAGGCUCGACGCAAGUGUUGCUUCCGACGGGGCAGCGCUCCUCCCCCGCGGGCUCACCGCGAGGACCCUCCGCAGGCAGUCCCGGAGCCAUCUGUGUACCAGGUGCCAGUGACUUUCAGAGAUGUGGCCGUGCACUUCAGCAGGGAGGAAUGGGAGUGUCUCAGCCCUAACCAGAGGACCCUCUACCGGGAUGUGAUGCUGGAAAACUUCAGGAACUUCAUCGAACUGGGAUACUGCGGCCCUAGACCAGACCUUAUUUCUCACCUGGAACUGUGGGAUGAACCAUGGGUUGAAGAUUGGGACAGACUUGAGUUUCUAGAAGCUCGAAAAGGUGUCUGCCCAGGAGGCAGAAAGUCCGUGGAUCCUAAGAGACCCCAUGAUCUGGCUUCGGCUCAUGAGAGGGCCCACCCACAGACAGGAGCCAAGAGAGGGCCUGCCUUGAAGAGUGUCCUGACAUCGGGUAAGGUGAACCUUCCCAGAGCCACCUCUGGGAAGAGAGUGCACGGACAGGACGCUUUCCAAAACCAGGUGUCUGGAAAGUCCUGCAAGAAGCAACCAGGCCUCACAGAGCAGUGCAAGAACGGUGCAGGGAGACAGCCCUUCAUCUGUGGUACGUGUGGGAAGGCACUGAGCUGCUAUAGCCGGCUGGCUGCUCACCAGACAGUACACACCGGAACCAGGUCCUUUAAGUGCUUUGAGUGUGGCCGGACGUUCCGCUGGGUUUCAAACCUUCUGCGCCACCAGAGAAAUCACACAAGUGAAAAGCCCUUUGGCUGUGAGGUGUGUGGACAGGCCUUCAACUGGAAGGACCGCCUAACACAGCAUCGCAAGAUCCACACUGAACACAGUCCAUAUGUGUGCAGUGACUGCGGGAAGGCCUUCAAACAGAAGUCAAACCUCCUCCGGCACAAACGCGUUCACACUGGGGAGAGGCCUUUCUACUGCGACAGCUGUGGGAAGGCCUUUCGUACCAAAGAGAACCUCAGCCACCACCAGCGGAUUCACAGCGGAGAGAAGCCCUACACCUGUGACGAGUGUGGGAAGGCCUUCCGGUGGCCCAAGAGCUUCAGUAUCCACCAGAGGGUCCACCUGGCAAAGAGAUUCUACGAGUGUGAGCACUGUGGGAAGGGCUUCCGCCACUUGGGCUUUUUCACGCGGCAUCAGAGAACUCACAGGCGUGGAAAAGUAUAAAGGCGCCUGGAGGCAGAUGGGCUUUCCCUGAAGAACUGUGGCCGGGGUUCUCAAGCCUAGCAGCCAUGUGGUCCUUGAGUGAACUGUUUGUAGCUCCCUGAGUCUGAGGAAGUUCUGCCAGGAACCUGACACAGGGAAGGGAAUCUCUGCAGUAUGCAGGCAGAGCCGGUGACAGCUCUGGCCAUGUCAGCUGAGAAAUUUGCCCUUGUCCUGAGUGUUAUCUGUGUGCACUUUAACUCCUUUCUCUUCUUGCUCUUUCACCGCGUCUCCUGUUUGUGGAAGGGAGGUUUGAGGCUUGAGCAGAAAUAAAGCUUUUGGAGCUGCCAAGCUGGCCCAGUGGGUAAAGGCACAGGCUGCAAAGCCUGAGUUUGCUUCCCAGGCACUCAUGUGGUCGGAGGAGAAAAACCAAAUGCCGUAAGUUGUUCUCUGACUUCCUGCAGCCCAUGUAUGCACACAGACACACAACAAAUACAUAAUAAAAAAAAAAAAAACAACAAAACAAAACCUCUUCCACCUCAGCAAGUGGCCAUAGAAUGCCUUUAUUAAAGGGCAACAGACCGGGAUUCACACUGGGGAACCUAGUGUGUGGGUGUGUGGGGAAGCAGCUGCGAACUGGACAGGACCACAUGGGGAGUAGAAGUUUGUUAAGAUAUCCCGGCACUGUGUCUGCAGCAGAGAUAACCAGAGUUUUGGUUCUGUUUAUUUGGUUUUAUUAA